UUUAUAUUAUAUUUUAUAUAAAUAUAUUUUAGAAGGACACUACAACGAAACAGCUGGCCUUCAAAAGUUGGAUCUAGAAUAUAGCUGUGGUGAAGCUGAAUCUUGGGUAAAAUAAAAAAUAAAAGUGAGAUUUAAAAGGACUAUCAAAGCUUCGGCGGGCAUAUCACCUCCUCAAAAAUAAUACAAGGCGCUCAAAAACCAGCCUUAUAAUGCAGCAUGACUGUUGAAAGCCACAAGACGAAUUCGAUGGAAACAGCGCACCAGCUGCAUUAUUGCUGUCCUCACUUGAUGUUGCGAUGGAAAAGAAAUAAAAACAUGCAUGUACUUGCUAUACUCCGAGCACAAUUACAUGUCUCAAGAUGUUCUCGGAGCUUGGAACUUGCCCAGGAAUCUCUCCCCCUGGCCCUUUCCCACACGAAAAGCACGACCCAUCUUUUAUCUAUAUAUCUCAUCAAUGAACAGAACAGAUCGAGAAGUAUUAGAACUUUGAUAGGUUAUCGGCACCUAACAGUAGCAGCCAUGGCACCACUCCACAAGGCUAAGGUAUUGGAGCAGUGCCGGAUCUCUCCUUACCCGGGUUCCACCGCCCGGCCGUCGAUCCCCUUGACCUUCUUCGACCUCGUCUUCUUUCGCUUCCACCCGGUGCAACGCCUUCUCUUCUACGAGUCACCCCAAUCCAAGUCUCACUUUCUCCACUCCGAGCUGCCCAAGCUGAAGCACUCCUUGGCUCUCACCCUCCACCACUUCUACCCCCUAGCUGGAAGCCUGACGCGCUCAUGCGGCGGCCAAAAGCCCGAAAUCCUUUGCUCCGAUGACGACUUUGUUUGGCUAAACGCGGCGGUGAGCGAAGGUGACUUCUACGAGCUCUCAGGAAGCCAUGCUCAGGAUGUCAGGAGGUUCCAUUCUUUGGUCCCUUCGCUGCACUCCUCCGGCGACAGGCAGGCCGUGCUAGCAAUUCAGGCAACCAUAUUCCCGAACGCCGGCGUCGUCGUCGGCACCACGUUGCACCAUGCUGUCGCCGAUGGCUCCACCUAUGCCAGUUUCAUGAAGACAUGGGCAUCGAUACACAGAUUCGGCGACCAAGCAGCAGAUUUGGCCGGACGGCUCCCGUUCUAUGAUCGUAGCGUGAUCAAAGAUUCCAAAGGUCUCGAAGGGAUCUUCCUCACGGACCUCCAAUUACUCGCAGACGACCAAAGUCUCGAGGCAUGGGAUCUGGAUGGCAGGUCCGACAUAGUGCGAGCUACAUUCACGUUCCGCCGAGACCAGCUUGACGGUCUCCGGCAGCAGGUGGCGAGCAAGACAUCGGCGCAAUGCUCGCCGUACGCUGCGGCGUGUGGCUUUGUGUGGGCGGGCCUAGUCCAUGCCCGAGGAGGCACGAGCAAGAAGAAAGAGCAUUUUGGUUUCGUGACCGGGUGCAGAGCUCGGCUGGACCCUCCAAUCCCAUCAAACUACUUCGGCAAUUGCCUUGGUAUCUGCUGCGUCGAGGCGAAGCAGAGCGAACUCAUCGGCUGCGACGGUCCGCUGAUUGCCGCCGAUGCUAUUUGGAAGGUCAUCAAGAGCUUGGAGGAGGGUGCAUUUAAGGAUGCCGAGAAUUGGAUCAGGAAUGUGUACAAAUAUGCGUCGGUGGGAGCAUUGACGGUGGCGGGAUCGCCGAAGUUGGGAAUGUACGAAGUCGACUUCGGGUGGGGGAGGCCAAGGAAGGUGGAGGUGAUAUCGAUAGAAAGGACGGGAGCGUUGUCGCUGGCGGAGAGCCGGGAGGAGAAGGGAGGGAUAGAGGUGGGGCUGGCACUGCCCAGCCACGAGAUGGAGGAGUUUGUCUCGUUCUUUGUCAAUGGGCUUUCGGGGCUCUCGUUGCCUCGGUAAAUAAUCCGGCAACGUCGACGUUCCCUAUGUUCUCUUUGCUUCGAGUAAUGGUAAUAUUAUUUUUAGUUUACUCUGUACUUUUUCGUUAAUAAAGUUCAAUGGUAAAAGACUGGAAAAUGA